ACACUCCCCCCGCCGCGCCUCCCGUGGUGCCCCGCGCGGCAUGGAGCGGCGCGUGGCGGAGCGGCUCCGCGGCGCCCUGAACCCCUUCGGCUUCGAGGUGCACGCCUUCAAGGUUGGAUGGUACAAUGCUGUUGUGCAGCCCGCCUUUCAUCUUCCCUACCCAGAUGACACACUGGCCUUCGUGGUACUCAGCACACCUUCAAUGUUUGAAAAAGCCCUUAAACCUUUUGUGAACAAAGAACGGUUAAAAAUAAUCCGGGAUCCUGUGGAUCAGUGUGUUUCUUAUCAUUUGUCAUGUUUGAAGGAGAAAUUCUCUGACCAGACAGUGGACAUCAUGUUUGAUUAUGAGCUUCUGCCAAACCGAAAGCCAAAGUUCUUGGCUCAGACAGCUGCCCACGUUUCUGGAGCUGCGUAUUACUACCAAAGGAAGGAUGUGAAGCUUGAUCCUUGGGGGGAAAAGAAGAUCUUUGGUGUAUGUAUCCAUCCCAGGUAUGGUGGCUGGUUUGCUAUCCGAGGUCUUCUCCUGUUCCCAGAUAUUCAGGUACCAUUCCUGGAGCAGCGUGCCCCGGUUGACUGUGUGAGCACAGAGGAGCAAAGAAUUGAGUUGCUGGAGCAAUUCAAUUUCCACUGGCAGGACACUCGCUACCGGGACAUAAUUGAAGUGAGGGAAAAGUAUUCAGAGGAACAGAAAGCCUACUUUGCCACCCCUCCAGCAGAGAGAUUCAAACUGCUAGGGCUGACCCAGGAAGUCCACAGAAGCAUAUUUCACUGAGUAACACAGUUCUAUGAAGGGACAGAGGGCAAGUGGAGUAUAACUCAUCAGCACCUUCUUUUCCAUGGUGCUGACGAAGACAAUACGCUGAUACAGAGGUGGCAAAUCCAAGCAGUGUGUGCAGUGUCUCAAUCCAAACAUCAGCUCCUCAGAGUAAGAGGGAGCGCUGCCAUCGUGGCACUUGUGGUCUGGAGGAAGGUGGGAGCAGUCUGUGCUGUUGCUGAUUUGCUGUGUCUGUUUGGGAGUCCGGCAAGAUGCCGAUGAGCCAUUGGUUGGGAAAAGUUCAGCCACCCUGGCAGCUGGAAAACUCAUGCUGCUCAUUAGAGAAGUCAUUCUUAUUCUGAAGAAUUUUCUUUCCAAAUGUUUUGGGUUUAUUCUAUGUACAAGUAAAAUUUCAGUCGUUUGUACUCCAGAAUGUUUUGCCUGACCUCAGGGCAGGUACUUUUUUAGAUGUAUCCUGCGUUUUAUUCCCCUGUGUCAUAACUCUCCCUAGGGAGUAAGUGUCCAGUAUUUUCAAUAUUGCCUUCCUCAGAAGGGAAAUUUGAGCUGCAUUCCUUCACUUCCAGUGAAGCUG